CCUACAAACACGCUCUCGCGCUCGCGCCCCAGCCCGGCCGGCUCGCAGCUCGAGUCUCUGCCAGCCCGACCUCAGCCCCGCCCUUCCUCUCCCAGUGGGUGCUCGGAGGCCUCAUCGGGCCUCUGCACCCCUCGCCCCUCGACUUCCCCGGUACCGCCCGACCCUGGGCGCCGGGGGAGCGCAUGGCGGCGGUGGGGCUGCGGACGGACCCCGGGGCCGGGGCCGAGGCGCUGGCACUGGCGGCAGAACUGCAGGGCGAGACCACCUGCUCUAUAUGCCUGGAGCUCUUCCGCGAACCGGUGUCGGUCGAGUGCGGUCACAGUUUCUGCCGCUCCUGCAUAGCGCGCUGCUGGGAGCGCCCCGGCCCCGGACGCCCCGCGGCGCCGCGCGCGCUGCCCUGCCCGCUGCCCUGCCCCCAGUGCCGGGAGCCAGUGCGGCCCAGCCAGCUGCGGCCCAACCGGCCGCUGGCCUCGGUGGCCACGCUGCUGCGGCGCUUCAGCCUACCUGGGGCCGCGCCCGGCGAGCGCGGACUCGCGGAGGCGGCCCGGGCUGGUUGCGCCCAGCAUGGCGAACCACUCAAGCUCUACUGCCAGGACGACGGCCGCGCCAUUUGCGUGGUGUGCGACCGCGCCCGCGAACACCGCGCGCACGCAGUGCUGCCCCUGGACGAGGCGGUGCAGGAGGCUAAGGAACUCCUGGAGUCCAGGCUGAAGGUCUUGAAGAAGGAUCUGGAGGACUAUGAAGCAUUUCGUUCCACUGAAGAGAAGGAGAGCAAGGAGCUUCUGAAGCAGAUGGCAGCUGAGCGAGAGAAGGCGGGCGCGGAGUUCCAGGCACUGAGGGCCUUCCUGGUGGAGCAGGAAGGCCGGCUCUUGGGCCGCCUGGAGGAGCUGUCCCGGGAGGUGACACAGAAGCGGAAUGAGAACAUAGCUCAGCUUGAGAGUGAGAUCACCCAGCUCUCCAAGCUCAGCAGCCAAAUCCAGGAGACAUCUCAAAAGCCUGACCUUGAAUUUCUCCAGGAAUUCAAAAACACCUUAAGCAGGUGCAGCAAUGUGCCUGGCCCUAAGCCAACCACAGUCUCUUCUGAGAUGAAAAAUAAAGUCUGGAAUGUUUCCCUCAAGACCUUUGUCUUAAAGGGGCUGCUCAAGAAGUUCAAAGAGGAUCUUCGAGCAGAACUGGAGAAAGAGGAGAAAGGCCGCCCAGGGGAAGCACUGUUGCGCUCCGUCCGAGCCCCCCAGUUCCUUUGGGCCUGCCCUCCAGACAUGGCCCCGGAGGCCCUAGAAGGGCUCCUGCAGCAGACCACAGCAUUGGAGUCGGCAGAGUGGGCGCUCUGCGGUCAACCCAGCAGGGGAAGAGAUGCCUUGGACCCUGGGGGCCUGUCCUCUACCUGUUGUCUGCAUGUGUAUCUGGCAGGAGCUGUGAGGCAGCGGAGGCUGGUGAGGACCUGAGCCCAGCUCCUGACAGAGGUACUUCCCAUCACUGGGGCUGACUGUCUGGUCUUAGCAGGUCUCCCGUUCUGUGGAGCAACACCAAGCCCAGUGCUGUCCUCAGGGCAUGCAGAAGCUCUCGGCCCAGACAGCCAAGUUCAUGAUCACUUCUGCUUUCCCUUCUUGUCAACUGUCAGCUCUGCCUUCAGACACCUGGAUCCAUCUGGCCUGUGGUCUCUACUCAGGAAGGAGCAUUGUACUCCCAGCUGAAACAGCAUGAGCCAGAACUGGAAGGAGAUUCUUGUCUUGACCUGUACGUAAGAGGAAAGCCCAGGACAUUGGCAUUUGGCGUGGCUACCCUCCGAUACCCUUAACCCAAUGAUACAGAAUGAUACGUUCAGUCUUGGCCACAGUGACAGCCUUGUGUUCUCACAGAUGCCUAAACCCCUUUCAAAUACAAAGUAUAGUCUCCCUUGAGUAAGGAGACCAAAAGUUAGGGAAUUUUGAAACACAGAACAGCACUUAAAAUUUUACAAAUGUGACUAAUAUGAUCAUGGGAAUUCACAGAGCACAAAUAUGCCUCUCACAUACCCUUUCUGGAACUUGCUAAAUGUAUGCCAACAGCAGAGGACCCUGCUGUCAAGGUCUGCUCAGCCUAUGCCCUGCUUGGGGCGUUACUCCCUUGGCUAAUUGUUCCCUAGCUUUUGUUUGGGUGGGCUUCUGGGAGCGGAUGUUGGGUUGUCCCCUGCUUGGUGCUUCCCAGGGAAGUGGGAUGAGGAGAUGGAAAUAUAGACUGAGCUCAUUUCGAGGGUGGCUUAGCUCAUUCUCGACUCCCACAGUCUGAGUGCAAGAGCACAGUAGGAGCAAAGGUUUCUGCUAGACUGGGUGAGCAGAUGUGUUUAAGUGUGUGAAGAAUGUGUGCAUGUGUGUUUGUAUCUCAGAUUGAAGGGGCAGGGGUGUGUGCGGAGUUUGGAGAGGGCAUUUAUCAGCAUGUGCAUAGGGUUUAGGAAAAUAGACCCAGGUCAUUUUGGUAAUAUCCUAUUUUUCAUCUGUUGUUAAAUAUUAACCAACCCAUAUUUAGGUGAGGGCCAUAGUUUCCUCCCCCACUACCUGGCUACUUGGCUAGAUGAAAGCCAGUCUCAGACCUAUUCUGUCCUGCACAGGUUGUUUAGACUGAUGUGUUGGCAUGUAGGGACAAGUGACAAUUGAAUAAUCUGGUCUGCAAGUGUCAUGGAGUUUUUGUACUCUAUCCCUGAGAUUCUUCAAGCUUCCAUACAAGGGUCUUAUAGGGUAGGCAUAACACUGUUCUAGAGGCAGACCCAGUGGACAUAGCAUGGUAAUCAGAAUCCAGUGUCCUAUGGGCUGGGGACAGGAUGAUACAAGAGUCCAUCCUACAGGGGUGGCUCAGUCAGUCAAGCAACUGGCUCUUGAUUUUGGCUUGGGUCUGCACUGGGCAUGGAACCUGCUUAAGAUUCUCUCUCUCCCUCUCCCUCUGCACAACUUCCCUCACCCCAGCUCAUACUGUCCCUCUUUCCAAUAAAUAAAUAAAUCUUUAAAAAAUGA